ACUGCGAGGAGUAGUGGUUGCAAUACUCUUACUGUGGCUACUCUCAGACGCUAGCAUUUAACGAAAUCCAAGCAAAUUAUAGCUGUUAUAUAGGAUGUAUGCAAUCGGAUCCUUCGCAAAAUAUUUGUUUUCUUGUAUUAAACAAGGAUUUUUCUCCGUAGCGUUUGAGGUUUUUGGGUGGCAUGCAAUCGCAAGAUAGGAGGAGCCCUCAGCCCUCGUUUCUUGCAGCACUGAAUAGCAUUGCUUUGCGCGUAAGCAAGUAGCCUAGAAUCCUAACGCAGGAAUUCCGUGAGAUUGGACAUCGCACUACGCUCAUCUUUUCAUACCUCAGGAAACAUGUCAUCUCAAACUAAAUAUAAGAAGGACAAGGAGAUCAUCGGGGAGUACGAGACACAAGUGAAAGAGAUCCGGAAUCAGCUGGUGGAGCAGUUCAAAUGCCUGGAGCAGCAGUCGGAGUCGCGCCUGCAACUGCUCCAGGACCUGCAGGAGUUCUUCCGCCGCAAGGCCGAGAUCGAGCUGGAGUACUCCCGCAGCCUGGAGAAGCUGGCCGAGCGCUUCUCCUCCAAGAUACGCAGCUCCCGGGAGCACCAUCAGUUCAGGAAGGACCAGCACCUCCUGUCCCCGGUGAACUGCUGGUACCUGGUGCUGAACCAGACGCGGCGCGAGAGCCGCGACCACGCCACGCUAAACGACAUCUACACCAACAACGUCAUCGUGCGCCUGUCCCAGGUGGGAGAGGAUGUCAUCCGGCUCUUCAAGAAGAGCAAAGACAUUGGGAUACAGAUGCACGAGGAGCUUGUGAAGGUUACAAAUGAACUGUACACUGUGAUGAAGACAUAUCACAUGUACCACACGGAAAGCAUCAGUGCCGAGGGCAAGCUGAAGGAGGCGGAGAAGCAGGAGGAGAAACAGUUCAGCAAGUCGGGGGAUAUCAACGUCCACCUCCUCCGUCACGAGGACCGACCUCAGCGACGCAGCUCCGUCCGCAAGAUCGAGAAGAUGAAGGAGAAGAGGCAAGCCAAGUACUCCGAAAACAAGCUGAAAUGCACAAAAGCCCGAAACGACUAUUUGUUGAAUCUGGCAGCUACAAACUCCGUUGUGGCAAAGUAUUAUAUCCACGAUGUCUCCGAUAUGAUAGAUUGUUGUGACCUUGGUUACCAUGCCAGCCUGGCACGCACCUUCAGGACGUACUUGUCGGCGGAGUACAACCUGGAGACAUCUCGCCACGAGGGCUUGGACAUCAUCGAAAAUGCGGUGGAUAACCUGGACUCCCGCAGCGACAAGCAUAAGAUCAUGGACAUGCACUGCCAGGUCUUCUGCCCUCCCCUACGCUUUGAUUACCAGCCACACAUGGGGGAUGAGGUGUGCCAGGUGAGCGCCCAGCAGCCAGUGCAGACAGAGCUUCUCAUGCGCUACCACCAACUGCAGUCACGCCUGGCCACCCUGAGGAUCGAGAACGAGGAGGUGAGGAAGACUCUGGACGCCACCAUGCAGACGCUGCAGGACAUGCUGACGGUGGACGACUUCGACGUUUCCGACUCGUUCCAGCACAGCCGCUCCACAGAGUCCGUCAGAUCUGCCGCCUGCGAAUCCUACAUGAGCAAAAUCAACAUCUCCAAGAGGAGGGCCAACCAGCAGGAGACAGAGAUGUUCUACUUCACUAAAUUCAAAGAAUUCCUGAAUGGCAGUAACCUCAUAACCAAACUGCAAGCAAAACACGACCUCCUCAAGCAGACGCUGGGAGAAGGAGAAAGGGCGGAAUGCGGAACAACGAGGCCCCCCACACUCCCUCCUAAGCCCCAGAAAAUGCGGAAACCUAGGCCUCGCUCAGUGUAUAACCAUAAGCUGUUUAAUGGUAACAUGGAGACCUUCAUCAAGGAUUCAGGCCAAGCCAUACCGUUGGUGGUAGAGAGCUGCAUUCGAUACAUCAAUCUAUAUGGGCUGCAACAGCAGGGUAUAUUCCGAGUUCCUGGAUCUCAGGUCGAAGUCAAUGAUAUUAAAAAUUCAUUUGAAAGAGGUGAAGACCCCCUGACUGACGUUCAGAGUGACCAUGACAUCAACUCGGUGGCAGGGGUCCUGAAGCUGUACUUCAGGGGCCUGGAGAACCCACUCUUCCCAAAAGAGCGCUUUCUGGACCUAUUGGCGACCAUCAAACUGGAUUCGGGUGCUGAGAGAGCUCAUCACAUCCAACAGGUCGUUGUGACUCUUCCGCGUACCAUCAUCAUUGUCAUGAGAUACCUGUUCGCAUUCCUCAAUCAUUUGUCCCAGUACAGUGAUGAGAACAUGAUGGACCCCUAUAACCUGGCCAUCUGCUUUGGCCCCACCCUAAUGCCCAUUCCGGACGGCCAGGACCCAGUGUCCUGUCAGGCCCACGUCAAUGAGCUCAUCAAGACCAUCAUUGUCCACCACGAGGCCAUCUUCCCCAGCCUUCGAGAGCUGGACGGGCCGGUCUAUGAGAAGUGCAUGACUGGAGGGGAGGAGUACUGUGACAGUCCUCACAGUGAGCCUGGCACCAUUGAGGAGGUAGACAAUGGCACAGGGCCACACACCAGUGAUGAUGAGGUGGAGCAGAUCGAGGCCAUCGCCAAGUUCGACUACAUGGGCCGCACGCCGCGGGAGCUGUCGUUUAAGAAGGGCGCGUCACUGCUGCUGUACCACCGCGCCUCUGAGGACUGGUGGGAGGGCCGGCACAACGGCGUGGACGGGCUGAUACCUCACCAGUACAUCGUGGUCCAAGACUUUGAUGACGCUUUCUCAGACAGUCUCAGUCAGAAGGCUGACAGCGAGGCCAGCAGUGGGCCCCUCCUGGAUGACAAGUCCUCGUCUAAAAAUGACGUUCAGUCCCCCUGUGAGCCGCCACUCGACUACAGCUUUGGACGGGUCCUGGGACGGGUGAGGCUGCAGUCCGACGGAGCCGUGACCCCCCGUUGCCGUGGCGGCGAUGCCGACACCCACAGCCCCCCCAGGGGGAUGGACACCCCACCGCGGGCGGCGGCCUGCCCCAGCAGCCCCCACAAGAUGGCGGUCAGCCGAGGGCGCCUGGAGAGCCCAGACAAGCGCCGCCUGGGCACGUUCGGCAGCGCGGGAAACGUGAACUACCCCGAGAGGAAGGCCUACCCCGAGGGCCACCCGCUCAGGCCUGCGCCCUGCGCCACCCGCCACAGCAGCCUGGGCGACCAGAAGUCCCUGGAAACGGAGGCACUCGCUGAGGACAUAGAGAAGACCAUGAGCACCGCUCUUCAUGAGCUGCGGGAGCUGGAGAGGCAGAACACGGCCAAGCAGGCGCCGGACGUGGUGCUGGACACGCUGGAGCCGCUGAAACAGCCCCCCGGCUCGGAGCCCACCAGCCCUCUGCACACCAUCACCAUCCGCGACCCGGAGGCGGCCGCGCGCCGGGGCGGGGGCUUCGCCCCCGAGACCAUGAGCACCUUCAAGCCCAUGCUGUCGGCCCGCCUGGUGGGCGCUCAGCUCAGGCCCCCGCCCGCCAGGCCGGUCCGGCCCGCGCCCACCCAGCACCGCUCCAGCAGCUCCAGCUCCUCCGGCCUGGGCAGCCCGGCCGUCACCCCCACCGACAAGCUCUUCCCCAGCAAGCUGUCCCCCGACAUGUAGCCUCCGUCCCCAUGGCCCCAGCACUGCACCGCACUCAGCCCCCGCGGUCCUGAAGACUGUCCAACCGCCGGAGCUCAGGACACCAGCCCUUACCUUUAGUCUGGAUAUUUAGCUUUACUUACCAUUUGAUUUGAAUGAAUUCAUAACUGGGGUGAACAGCCCAGGAGAAGGUCCUUUACCGGGAGGAGUACUGUAGUACUAGUAAUAGUAAAAUGACUGGCACGAUACCACUGAGAGACACUGGAAUAGAAGAAAUGUGAGAAGGAAUGGAAACUGAAAAAAAUACAUUUUACUUAGUAGUCGUUAAUUUUUUUUCCUUUUACCUCAGAAAAAAAGACAGCAUAAGUUUUGUUGUUUGUUGCUGGCAUCCUACUGGGAUGAAUUAACUGUCGAUGAGAAGUCCUGGAGUAUAGUUCAUAUUCAUUUCUACCCCACACUGGUCGACCAUUUAACUUAUCUCAGACUCAAGAGGCCUUCUGUUUGGAGAGUGACCAUGGGUUAUCCUCUUAUCCUGUCAUUAUGUGCUAGAUGGUACAUUCAGUUUAGUUACCCCCUCUAAUGCUGUGGGAAUUUAUGACUUGCAGCUUUAGACUUGUAACAGUAUAUAAACUUGGUACAGUAUGCUUACUUGAACUGAUAUUCCUUAUGUUUAUAGUAUAAGGAAUACAAUUACAAUACACUGUAAAAUUACAAUAUUAAAAACAGUUGUAUCGGACAUGCAGAUUGUAGUAUGAAUCUGAAAUCAAUGUACAAACUAAUAAUAAGGACAAUGUGGUGAACUUGUAGUUUAAUGUGUAUAUUAUUGAUAGUGCUAACAUUUUUGUAAGUUCUAAUCUUGAACAGACCAAGAUUUAACAGGCAAAAAAUGAGUGAAAUAUGUUGAUGAAAAACCAACAUACAAUCACAACAUUAACCCAAUGUAUGUGCAAUUAUGUCUUAAUUUCUCUUACUCAUUUUGCAUGAAAUAUGAACCGUACAAACCAACUGGACUGUAUUAUCUGAACUUAAAUAAUUGUUCUGCAUUUUUACCUUUUUUGCAGUUGAAUUGGGGUUAUUCCAUGAAUUCAAUUGCACUGCACUGAAUGUAUAGUUAUGUUUGCCAAGUGGUGGCAUUAGGCAGAGUUAGGCCAUUUACACAGGCAAUUACUGGCAGCAGGUUCAUUGACCUAUUCCUGGUGAUAUCACUUGAAUAAUCAUAGAACAUUAAAAUUCCAUGUAAUUUCCACAUGAAUCCUGUCCUGAUGGCAUUAUUUGUGACACAUUAUCUAGCUAUCUAGUGUUACUCGCUUUCUAAGUGCAGGUGAUGAUGUUAGCUAGCUAGCUACUCUGAUACUAUGGGUACAUUUUUCCUUCUUCUGUUUGCUAGCUGGCUACGUUAGCCAGUGAUAGCAAACUGGCUUUAGCCGGCAAGAUUAUUAACUUGUGUCACUGCAAUUCAUCUGCAGUGUGUGUAUCAGCAGAAUGUAAAUCAUAUAUUUUUUAAAACUAGUAGAUCUCUUCAUUAUUAUGUCAUCUUUCCCCCAUUUUGUUGACAAUGCACUUCUCAACAUUCCCCAAAAAUAGAUUGGCAUAGCAACAGUAACCCAGGAGUAGAGGGCACAAUGAAUAGGGCCAGUUUGGAUACAUUGUUUCUUUCCACUCCAUUUCAUUCAAUAUUAUUAGUAUGUCAGUUAGUCCAUUUCAAACAGUUAAAUUAUGCAAUUAGUUAUGCAAGGAUUUAGAAAAGAAAAAAUGUGAUUUUCAAGGUUGCCUCAAACUUAUUAAAAUGUCUUAAUACCCAUUAA